AUGGCUGACUCCCUAUCUCUAUGGCUGCAUCUUCUUCCUCCUCUACUUCUUCUAAAUGCAAUAGUAUCGGCGAAUGAUGGCAGAAAAUAUGUCGACGGAGAUUUGAAACUCUUCGAUGGCGACAAUUUUGCUUCUGGAACGGUGGGUGUCUACCGCGGUUAUUCCUGGGGUCGUGUGUGUGAUGAUAAUUGGUCAAUCAAGGAGGCAAAUGUUGUCUGUCGACAGUUAGGAUUGGGCUUUGCUGUUCGCGCUCUGAAAAGGAAUCAAUUCCACUCAAUAACAGGACGAAAUUAUUUAAUGGACAAUGUCCGCUGUAUGGGCAAUGAAUCUAGAUUGAUUGACUGCAAGUUUGACGGUUGGGCUAGACACGAUUGUACAGAAAACGAAGACGCGGGUGUUCAGUGUGCUCAGGAUACCAGUCCCCGAGCCAAAAUUUCGUGGAAUCCCCUUCGUAUUGACUACAAGAAAGAAGAGUUGGAAGAACUCGAGAAGGUUGAAUUCACUGUGAAGAGCUCAAACACUAGUGGUUCCUUCAAAGUGAAGGAGCUCAAUUCGACACAGUCGGUAGAAGACGCUCGUAUUUUAAUAAUUACGCCUAAAGAUGGCGAAGCAGGAGCCAUCUGCCCGGACCAUUUCACCACCAUGGACGCCAUUGUCGCUUGCAAACAAACUAAUUUCGGGAUUGGUGGACGCAUCGUUGAAGUAAGCACUUACCAAUAA